AUGUCGCCAGCGCUCGCCCACCCUCUAUCAAACGCGCUCCUCCACCACCACCACCGCGACUUGAUCGGCUCUCCUCCUACCAACACGCCCGCGUCGCUCGGUGGCUUUCUCGGCAGAGUCGCAGUGCACGGCGUGAGUAGUGCAAAGGCGAACGGUCAGGCGGGCGCAGCGGCAAGAGCAGGGGCGGAUCUCGCGUCGUCGCCCUCUUCGCCUUCCGCGGCGGCGGCACCUCCCCCCUUCGUCCCGACCACGGCGGCCCACGUCGCUUCGGGCGUGACCGUCCCCGCCAUGCACGUGUCGACGAGUCCACCACGGGCCGAGCCCUCCUCCUCCUCCUCCCAUCCACCCACCUACCUCUCCACCUCGCAACCCUACACGCGCGAAUUCCCCCCUCCCCUCGCUCCUCGACACUGGACGGUCCUGAAAGAAGUCGGAGACGGGUCGUUCGGGACCGUCUGGUUGGCGGACUGGCAUUCCCCGCUCAACUUGCCGCCGGGGACUCAGCCGCCUGGUCCGUCCAGCAGGCCCGAGUACAAGGGGAAACAGCUGGUGGCGAUCAAGCGGAUGAAGAAGGCGUUCGAGGGUGGGUGGAGCGAGUGCUUGAAGCUCAAGGAACUCAAGUCCCUGCGACAAAUACCGAUGCAUCCGAACAUAAUCCCUCUCUACGACGCCUUCCUCCUCCCCUCGACGCGCGAGCUCUACUUUGUCUUCGAAUGCAUGGAGGGCAACCUCUACCAGCUCACAAAGUCGCGCAAAGGGCGGCCGCUCGCCUCGGGUCUGAUCGCCUCGAUCUUUUACCAAAUCCUCUGCGGACUCCAACACAUCCACGCGCACGGGUACUUCCACCGCGACCUCAAGCCCGAGAACCUCCUCAUCACGACCACCGGACUCGCCGACUACCCCUGCUCCUCACUCUUCGCCCUCCCCGGCGCACCGCCCGAAAAGGACGUCAUAGUAGUCGUCAAGCUCGCCGACUUCGGUCUCGCGCGCGAAAUCGCGUCGAAACCGCCUUACACGGAAUACGUCUCGACGAGGUGGUACCGCGCGCCGGAGGUCCUCCUGCGCUCGAGGGACUACUCGGUGCCGGUCGACAUGUGGGCCCUCGGAACGAUCCUCGUCGAGGUCCUCACGCUCAAACCGAUCUUUCCCGGCGAUAGCGAGGUUGACCAGGUGUACAAGAUUUGCGAGGUGCUCGGAGAUCCGAGCAGUGAGUAUGGGGUGGACGAGCGCGGGCGGAUACGAGGAGGAGGAGGGUGGACGAGGGGAGUCAAGAUGGCCAAGGACGUGGGGUUCGCGUUCCCCAAGGUCCCGCCACGGAACCUUGCGUCGCUGUUCGACCCGAACACCGUGCCUAUCCAGCUCAUCGACUGCAUUGCCGACUUGCUGCGGUACGAGCCGAAGGCGCGACUAACGGCCCAACAAUGCCUCGACCACGCCUACUUCCGCGACGUCGCCUACCGUUUCGCGCCUCAACCUGCUCCUCCUCCCGUUCCCGUCGCCGUUCAACAACUCCCGACUCCCGCUCCCUCACACGGCUCCACAACCUCGUACAGCUCGACGCAUGGCGCGUCGUCCUCCCUCUCCGUCUCGACGACCGGUCUCUCGACCAAAGCCGGCUCGUCACUCGCUUCUCCGCGCGACCUCCCACCCUCUCACACCUACUCCCACGGCUCCGCACCCUCCUUCAAGCUCCCCUACCCAUCAGAUCCGAACGCCCAGGCCCUUCCCUCGCCCGACCACUUCUCCGCCUCUCACCGCUCUCACCGCAACUUCUCCAUCAGCUCAGGCGCCUCGUCAGGCGGCGGGUUGUCCAAUUACCCGAUACAAGUCGCGCAAGGAGGCGCGACGAGUCCUGCGGGCUUGCCGACGGACCAGCAGUCGGUCUUGUCGGUGCCUUCGCCUGCGAUUGCUGGGUCGGUAUGGAGCGGACAGGAGGGCACGUAUGGCGCGAACGGAGCAGGGCAGGGCGGGUUGAGGCCUGUUGUGCCGGCUGGACUGGCGCGCAGAGGGUCCAUCGCGCCUUCGAUUGCGCCGUCGACGUUUUACGACGGGUCCAUCUUCGAAGGUAUGGCGCCCACCCGCGCGUCGAGUAUCAUGUCGUUCCCGAUCGGAUACUCGGGCGGCGGGGCAGACCCUUCCGCCUCAUCCGCCUUCGCCAGUCACUCGCCUCAGCCAAGCCGUGUCGACGGGUCGAACCUCAACGGGCUCGGCGUCAACUCGUACCGUCCUUCUUCGCCUACCAGCUCGAUCUACUCUCAGCCCAGUUACCCCUCUCAGCCGCCGCGCCAUACCGGUCCGAUCCAAUUCGGGACGACCUCGCUCAACCCGCUCAAGCGCUCGCCUUCGAACGCGUCGAUGUCCAACGCGUCGAUGUCGAGCGCGUCGCACGGGACCGCUUCAGGCGUUCCUCCUCCCGCCGCACCUCCAGCGAACGCCGGCCCGAUCGAUCCGAAGAAGGCGAAGAAGGAAGCGGAGCGGGUAGCGCGCGAGCAAGAGAAGGCCGCUCGUAUCGCCAAGGAACAAGCGGCGCGCGAUCGUGCUCGGGCGGUGUUGAAGAAGAAGACGCAGUUGAAGGAGGCGGCGGACCCGUUGCACAAUUUCGCGCAGGGGAAGAACGGACCGGGACAGGGGACGCUGGCGUCCUCUGCUGCGUCCAUCAGCUCUGGAGCGUCGUUUGUCGACAAGGGGAAGGGGAGGGCGUUGCCGAGCGACUGGAUGGUCCAGCAGCGGAUGCCGCAGAUCAUCGAGCAUACGAGCAAGCUCGCCGUCUCGGGUCCAGGGCUCGACCCGUACGCGACGGGACAGGCCGGAGCAGGAGCAGGAGCGGGAGGAGCGGGUGCGUCGGGUUUUGCGGCGUCCUUUGCGUCAAUGCGCAAGGCGCGGAAACGGAACGACGACGACGACGUGCACUCGAUCUCGUCGAACGAGACGGGUCAUUCGGCGCAGUGGCCGUUCCCGUACGCCAGUCGAGGCAGGACGUUCUCCAUCUCGUCCAAGGCGACUUCGGCAUCCGACCCCGAACGGCGGCAUCAGCGCGACUUGCUCGAGGUUGGCGACCCGCUCGCACGCGUGUCGAGCAUUUCGUCGCUUCCUGGACCGUCAGGAUCGGCUAUGGCGAGACCAGGCGGAGUCGGCAGCGGCGCGAUGCAUCGCUUCCCGUCGUACGGGCACUACACGGCGCCCUCGACCGGUCACUCGUCUCUCGACGCCAACUUCAUCGCUGCGAUGCAGGGGCACGGCAUGUCCUCCGCGACAGACUUGCCUUCAUGGCAGCCUACUGCCGCUCGGAGUACGGAUGUCCUCUCGCAGCACCGCUCCGAGUCUCGCUCGCGCCUCGCGUCGCCCUCCGACACGCGCUACAGUCCUUACAUGGUCCCUCCUUCGCAUUCCCAGCAUGCACCACGAUCACCCGGUCCGACCCUCCCUCCCAUCCAGUCUUUCGACGCGCCGCCGCAGACUCAGCAUCCGAUUCUGCAGCGCCAAGCGACGUCAGGCGGGGCAAGUAUCUCGAGCUUCCGCUCGACGCCCGCUACGAUGCCGUCGUACUUCUCGUCGUUCGGAUCGGCGGCGCAGAACGGAGGAACAGGAGGCGAGGCAAACGGCGUCUCGCCAAACGGAGGGGUCUACCAGCUCCCGUACUUGCCGUCAAUGGACGCGGAGCCGUCGUCGCCUGCUCUAAAUGACGGCUCCGCGGGACAAGGAGGGAUGCUCAGCCCGAUGUCGACGACCUUCCCUUACUCGACGUCGGAUCCUUCGCCUCCGCCACAGCCGCAGGGACCGCCUGUUCCUCACCACGUCGCGCCGGGAUAG